GCCAACUAAGCUGGUUCAUGUGGUGAUUCAUGGCAUUAUUGACACACGCUCCCAUAUUUAAGUGUUUCUUUUCCCCGGAACUCCAUUAGCCAACUUUUCAGUUCAACUUUAACAUUUGGAUCAACCACAUCGCACCAAUCGGCGCACCAACCUCUCUGUUCAAACGAAUAAUAUCUUUCACCAUACAAUCAUCUAACGCGCGCGCGCGCGCACAUAAACAACCCCAUAUGAACACACAGAGACAUAGAUUAUGAUCCUGUAAGCUUCGUAAUGGAGAUGUGCUCGCAGUUGUACCUCAACCCCUGGAACGGUGUCUUGGAACUAACCAAGGCGUCCCAAGAACAGGGCUGCGACCCAUUAUUGUGGGCAAUUAAAGUGUCCUCAAAGUUGAGUUCUUUGGGGGUUUCUUUACCUUCUUCUGAACUAGCCAACCUUCUGGUAUCUCACAUUUGUUGGGAUAACAAUGUGCCCAUUGCAUGGAAGUUCUUAGAGAAAGCCAUGGCUCACAAGAUUGUGCCUUCGUUACUCGUUUUGGGCCUCCUCUCCACAAGGGUAAUGCCAUAUCGGCAUUCUCAUCCAGCAGCAUUUAGGCUUUAUAUGGAACUCCUUGAAAGACAUGCCUUCACGCUUAAACGAUAUUCAACUCUGCCAGAAUAUCAGAAGAUCAUGAAUUCAUUGGAUACUAUCCUUAAUUUCUCUCAGAUAUUUACUCUGCAAACGAAUGAGCCCGGUGUUCAUUUGGUCCAGUUCGUGUUUUCAAUUGUCUGGCAGUUAGUUGAUGCAUCAUUAGAUGAUGAGGGACUGCUGCAGCUUACUCCAGAGAAGCAAUCUAAAUGGCCGACUGAAACACAAGACAUGGAUGUAGAUCGCGAUGAUAGUUAUAAUGAGAAGAAGAAUGAACAUAGAGAGAGAUUGAAGGCUUAUAAUACCGUUAUGGCUAUAGAGUUGAUUGGGAAGUUUCUCAAAAAUAAAGUAACUUCCAGAAUUCUUUACUUGGCACGCCAAAACAUGUCUAUGGAAUGGGGAGGUUUUAUCCUGCGAAUUCAACUGCUCGCAAAAAAUUCAUUAGCCUUGAGAAAUUCAGAAGUUAUGACACCAGAUGGUCUUUUACAUUUGAUAUCAGAUAAGCAAAAAAACAUGUCUCAUUAUUGCUUGAAAAAUUCCUUGCAAGAGUUUCAUGGUAUACUACAAUCCACGCCCCUGAAUGAUUCUGCUGGUCUCUGUCUUGGAGUUGGUCGUUCUGCUUUUUGGCUUCCUCUUGAUUUGCUCCUAGAAGAUGCUAUGGAUGGUUAUCAAGUUUAUGCUACUAGUGCAAUUGAAAUGAUUGCUGGUGAAGUGAUUUCUGUCAUAAACCUCAGUAAAAAAUUGAUAUAUGUGGUGCCACCCCGUAUUUGCAUUUGCGAAUUUGAUAUUUUGGCUUGCGAUUUCUACCAAAUUUGUUGGCAUGGUAAUUGGAUAUGUGUAGAGGGAAGUGAGGGCUAUCCGACAGUAAGGAGGUCAGAUGGUUUUGGCGGUGGUUGGCCGGAGUUUUUUGGCUUCAAAGUGGUGGUCGAUUUGUGGCUUGAUGGAGCUGGUAAACCACUCGAUAUGUGUUGUUCUGUGGCUGCAUAUAUUCUUGUCACAGAAUCGUUUUUUAAUUUUUGUGACUUUUAG